UUUUCCAGGUGCCUAUGUUCUCCAAGUCAAGGCCACGGAUGCUGAUGACCCAACCUAUGGAAACAGUGCCAGAGUCGUUUACAGCAUUCUUCAGGGACAACCUUAUUUCUCUAUUGAUCCCAAGACAGGUGUUAUUAGAACAGCUUUGCCAAACAUGGACAGGGAAGUCAAAGAACAAUACCAAGUCCUCAUCCAAGCCAAGGAUAUGGGCGGACAGCUGGGAGGGUUAGCUGGAACGACAAUAGUCAACAUCACCCUCACGGAUGUCAAUGACAAUCCACCUCGAUUCCCCAAAAGCAUUUUCCAUCUGAAAGUUCCUGAGUCUUCUCCUGUUGGCUCAGCUGUUGGAAGAAUAAGAGCCGUGGACCCUGAUUUUGGACAAAAUGCAGAAAUUGAAUACAAUAUUGUUCCAGGAGAUGGGGGAAAUUUGUUUGACAUCGUCACAGAUGAGGACACACAAGAAGGAGUUAUCAAAUUGAAAAAGCCAUUAGACUUUGAAACAAAGAAAGCUUACACUUUUAAAGUAGAGGCCUCCAACGUUCACCUGGACCACCGGUUUCACUCCGCGGGCCCUUUCAAGGACACGGCCACGGUGAAGAUCAGCGUGCUGGAUGUGGACGAGCCGCCGGUGUUCAGCAAGCCAGUCUACACCAUGGAGGUUUACGAGGACACUCCCGUGGGGACCAUCAUUGGUGCUGUCACCGCACAAGACCUGGACGUGGGCAGCAGUGCCGUGAGGUACCUCAUAGAUUGGAAGAGUGAUGGGGACAGCUACUUUACAAUAGAUGCGACUGAAGGAACCAUCGCCACUAAUGAAUUACUAGACAGAGAAAGCACUGCGCAGUAUAAUUUCUCCAUAAUUGCGAGUAAAGUUAGUAACCCAUUAUUAACCAGCAAAGUCAACAUAUUAAUUAAUGUCCUAGAUGUCAAUGAAUUUCCUCCAGAAAUAUCUGUGCCAUAUGAGACAGCUGUGUGUGAAAAUGCCAAACCAGGACAGAUAAUCCAGAUAGUCAGUGCUGCAGACCGAGAUCUUUCACCGGCUGGACAGCAGUUCUCCUUUAAAUUAUCACCUGAAGCUGCCAUCAAACCAAAUUUUACAGUUCGUGACUUCAGAAACAACACGGCUGGAAUUGAAACCCGGAGAAAUGGAUACAGCCGCAGGCAGCAAGAGUUGUAUUUCCUCCCGGUUGUAAUAGAAGACAGCAGUUAUCCUGUCCAGAGUAGCACAAACACAGUGACUAUUCGAGUUUGCCGAUGUGACUCUGAUGGUACCAUCCUGUCUUGUAACGUGGAAGCAAUUUUUCUACCUGUAGGACUUAGCACUGGGGCUUUGAUUGCAAUCCUUCUGUGCAUUGUUAUCCUCUUAGCCAUAGUUGUGCUGUAUGUAGCUCUGCGACGGCAGAAGAAGAAAGACACCUUGAUGACCUCUAAAGAAGACAUAAGAGACAACGUUAUCCAUUACGAUGAUGAAGGAGGCGGGGAGGAGGACACCCAGGCUUUCGACAUUGGUGCUCUGAGAAACCCAAAAGUGAUUGAAGAUAACAAAAUUCGCAGGGAUAUAAAACCAGACUCUCUCUGUUUACCUCGUCAGAGACCACCAGUGGAAGAUAACACAGACAUAAGGGAUUUCAUUAAUCAAAGGCUACAAGAACAUGAUGUGGACCCCACAGCCCCACCAUAUGAUUCACUGGCAACAUAUGCCUAUGAAGGCGACGGAUCAGUAGCCGACUCUCUCAGCUCCAUAGAAUCUCUGACCACGGAAGCAGACCAGGACUACAACUACCUAACAGACUGGGGACCCCGCUUUAAAGUCUUGGCAGACAUGUUUGGAGAAGAAGAGAGUUAUAACCCUGAUAAAGUCACUUAAGGGAGAGGCAAAGAUUAAAACACAGCCGACAGAAGGAAUUUAAGGGAAAGGAACAUAAAUAGAAAUCACACACGUGCACACACACGCAUACACACACACACACACACACACACACGGCUUUCUAGGACAAGAUUCCUUUGAUUAUCUGGUUUCUAGCAAGUUGCUAUAUUUAUCAUAUUGUCAGCUUUGGUUUAUUCUGCCAACACAAGAUAAAUCCUCUAGUGUGUACUUGCUUGGUUUUGUUUUGUUAUUUUGGAAACACACUGAGACGAGCUCAGGCCUAUUCAAUACAAUUUACUGACGUGACAACCUAGAACGAAGAUAGCUAUGUGGCAUCACGGUGGAAGAGUGUUAGAUUUUUCUUAAUUCCACUAAAGUGCCUAUUGAAACUCUUAUCAUUUAAAGCGGUGUAGAAUACUCUCUGCUGUGAUGGCAUUGCAGGAUUCAGACACAGAGGACAUAAAACAAAGACCCUGUCUUUAUGUCAAGGAGCAAUAGCAACAUGCCGACUUCUCAUUCCUUUUAAGGAAAAAAGAAGAAAACUUUCUGAACUCCAUCUUCUUAUAAUUAAACUGCUCUUUUUUCUUUUUUAAAAUGUAUGCCAAUAUAUAUUUGUUUUUUCCUACCCUUUCUGAAAAUUGAAAUAAAUGCGAUAAUAACAAAGUUAAUAUGUAAGUCCCAAAUUUUAAAAGCAAUGUUUGAUCUUAAUAUUAGUUCCUAUUGAAAGUGUUCAUGAAAAUGUCAAUUGUUUUCCAAAGAAAUAAAAUUUUUAAAAAGAAGAUUAAAAAAAAAACUCUUUAUAAAAGAAGCCUCAGGCUGAAAUUCAGAUGAAAAUAAAUAUUGGUUUUGUUUUAAUAUUG